AUGCGUGAGUCAAGCUGGAGGUCCAGCCAGCCCUGGCCUCCAAGCAGGAAAAGGACGGCACUGAGGAGCGAGGCCAGGGCAGCGCGCAAGCAGCCUCCGAAGGAACCCAGCGAAGUGCCAACACCUAAGACCUCGGGGCGACCAAAGGGCAGCAAAACCAAGGGCGCUGCAAAGACCCGGAAAACCACCACAGCUCCAGGGAGGAAACCAAGGGGCAGACCCAAAAAACUGGAGAAGUGGGAAGAGGAAGGCAUCUCGCAGGAGUCCUCCGAAGAGGAGCAGUGA